CGGCGGGCGGCGGCCGCGCGAUGUUCGUGCAGGAGGAGAAGAUCUUCGCGGGCCGCGUGCUGCGGCUGCACGUCUGCGCGGCCGACGGCGCCGAGUGGCUGGAGGAGGCGGCCGAGGACACCGCGGUGGAGGCGCUCAAGGAGCGCUGCCUCAAGCACUGUGCUCAUGGGAGCCUGGAGGACCCCAAAAGCGUUGCCCAGCACAAGCUAAUCCACGCAGCUUCUGAGCGGGUGCUGAGCGACGCCAAGACGGUGCUGGAAGAGAACGUCCAGGACGGAGACGUCCUGCUGCUGAUUAAGAAGCGGGCCCCGGCGCCGCUCCCCAAGAUGGCCGACGUCUCGGCGGAAGAGAAGAAAAAGCAGGACCAGAAAGCCCCGGACAGAGAGGCCAUAUUCCGAGCCACCGCCGGCCUGCCCUCCUGCGACGCGGACCGGGCCGUGGCCCAGACCAGCGUGAGAGACUUCCAGACAGAGCUCCGGAAAAUCUUGGUGUCUCUCAUUGAGGUGGCUCAGAAGCUGUUGGCGCUGAACCCCGACGCGGUGGAGUUAUUCAAGAAGGCAAACGCCAUGUUGGACGAGGACGAGGACGAGCGGGUGGACGAGGCGGCCCUGCGGCAGCUCACGGAGAUGGGCUUCCCCGAGAGCCGGGCCACCAAGGCCCUUCGGCUGAACCACAUGUCGGUGCCCCAGGCCAUGGAGUGGCUGAUCGAGCACGCGGAGGACCCUGCCAUCGACGCACCUCUGCCUGGUCAGGCCUCGCUGGGGACGGCGGGGGCUGAGGCUGCCGCAGGGACCAGCGAGGGGGGUGAGGAGGCCAGGGAUGAGCUGACUGAGAUCUUUAGGAGGAUCCGGAGGAAACGGGAGUUCCGCGCGGACGCUCGGGCCGUCAUUUCGCUGAUGGAGAUGGGGUUCGACGAGAAGGAGGUGGUGGACGCCCUUCGGGUGAACAACAACCAGCAGAGCGCCGCUUGUGAGUGGCUGCUGGGGGACCGGAAGCCCUCCCCCGAGGAGCUGGACAAGGGCAUUGACCCCGACAGCCCGCUCUUCCAGGCCAUUCUGGACAACCCCGUGGUGCAGCUGGGCCUGACCAACCCCAAGACGCUGCUGGCCUUUGAGGACAUGCUGGAGAACCCCCUCAACAGCACCCAGUGGAUGAACGAUCCCGAGACGGGACCCGUCAUGCUGCAGAUCUCCAGGCUUUUCCAGACCCUGAACCGCUCGUAGGCCCCGCCCGCGGCCCUCCUGCUGCCAGCCGCCGCGGGGAGGCCCUGCGGACUGACGCUCCCCCCAGGGGGUUUGGGCCACAUGUGGGUGCCAGGGUGUUUGCCGAUGCGUGGCUGUGGCGCUGGAGGCCAGUGCGUCCUGCGGCUCGAGACUGCGGGGUGGGGAUUCCCGCUCCCGGGACGGCCCCGCCAGGCAGGCGCUGGCCAAGUGCUGUAGGGCGCGCCCAGCCUAAUAAACCAGUCUGCU